AUGCCUGGCAAAACACCAUACAAAAAGGGUACAGAUCCAGUCGAAAAUGGCAUCAACGGCACGAAGAAGGAUGAUGCAAAGACCUCAUUGAAAGGUGGAAAGGGAAAGAAGACCAAGGAAGGCGAGGAGGAGAUGACAGUUGUCGUACCAGCAUCAAAGAGCUCUAAAUUAUCAGCUCCUCCUCCGAAAGAUGGCGAUGGAGAUGUAGCUAUGGAUGGCUCUGCGGAGGGCGAAGAAGGCGCAGGUGUUGAGAAGGUUGAUCCAGUGGCCAAGGCUGUUGCAGAUAUCAAGAGCAAUUUUCCAUUAUUAGAGAAAGCUGUUGCUUUGUUUGAUGCUAGAUACACACUCCGAGCCCUCAGAUCUAUCUCCUCUAUUCGAAAACAUCUUACGGCUGACAUUCUGGCGCAAGUUAUUACGGAAACUUACCCUACAGCAACUCAACAAGCAAAGGCCUUACUCAUAGGCAUUGACAGAGAUAAUGCCACAUUUAACAAGGCAUCAUCAAGUGAGAUGGAAGUCGAUUCUGAUUCGAAAUCUUCCAAAAACGGGAAGAAAGAACCAAAAGAAAUCAUUCCGGAGAUUGAUAUUUUCCUCAGUAUCCUCGUACAAAUCUUCUUCCUCGAUAAUAAGAUGAAUGAGAAGGGCUUUACACUUUCCAAGCAUGUUACAACAGUCAUUCAUGGACUCAACCGCCGAACACUGGAUUCUCUCUCCGCUCGCGUCUACUUUUACUGGUCUUUGUUCGCUGAACAGUUGGCACCACUUCCACCUUCUCCAGCUUCUCCAAUUGUCGCUAUUCGACCAGCUCUUCUUUCUGGCUUACGGACUGCUGUUCUACGCAAAGAUAUCGAUACUCAAUCAACUGUUAUCGUACUUCUUUUACGAAAUUAUCUAUCAACCUCCCAUAUCACCCAAGCUGAUCUUCUCAUCUCGCAUACCAAAUUCCCCGAAAGCGCCUCCAACAACCAAGUUGCAAGAUAUUUGUACUACCUGGGACGAAUCAGGGCCAUUCAAUUGAGAUACACUGAGGCUCAUGAACAUUUGACAGCCGCAACUCGCAAAGCUCCUUCGAGUCCAAGUGCGGCAGGAUUCUCACAAACUGCAACGAAGUUACUUCUUGUGGUUGAGUUGUUGAUGGGAGAUAUUCCUGAUCGUGCAACGUUCAGAAUCGCUAGUCUCGAGCGUGCUUUGCAACCAUAUCUUAAUCUCGUUCAAGCAGUUCGAGUAGGGUUGAUUGCGGAAUUCGAGGCUGUGAUUACUCAACAUGCGGAGACUUUUAGACGUGAUGGUACUUAUACCUUGAUCCUUCGUCUACGACAAAAUGUCAUCAAAACCGGUAUUCGAAUGAUGUCCUUGUCCUACUCAAGGAUCUCUCUCCGAGAUAUCUGCAUACGCCUGAAGCUCAACAGUGAGGAAUCCGCGGAAUAUAUCGUUGCAAAGGCAAUUCGUGAUGGUGUCAUUGAGGCAACUUUGGAUCGUGAGAAGGGAUUCAUGAAGAGUAAGGAAGUUGGGGAUGUCUAUGCUACCAGGGAGCCUGGUGAAGCAUUCCAUGAUCGUAUCCGUGCUUGUCUUGCUCUCCAUGAUGAGAGUGUUAAGGCUAUGAGAUUCCCAAUGAAUCAACAUCGAUUGGAACUCAAGAAUGCUCAAGAAGCAAGAGAACGCGAACGCGAAAUGGCAAAAGAAAUUCAAGAUGGUGAUUUGGAUGAAGAUGACCUUGGCGGAGACUUCGAAGGCAUGUAA